AUGGCUUUCCCUUGCUCUGCAACCCUUGCCAAGAAGAAGGUGCUCUUUAUAAUGGGCUCAACCGGCACUGGAAAAACCAAACUUUCCAUCCGCUUAGGCACCAAAUUUUCCUCUGAAAUCAUUAACUCUGACAAAAUUCAAGUGUACAAAGGAUUAGACAUUGUUGUGAACAAAAUACCAAAGUCAGAACGUUGUGGCAUUCCACAUCACUUGCUAGAUAUCAUUGAUGACCCUAAUUACAAUUUCACUGUUGAUGAGUUUUGUAAGCAUGCACUUGAUGCCAUUGAUCUCAUUCUUGAAAAUGGGCACUUACCCAUUAUUGUGGGAGGGUCUAACAAUUACUUAGAAGCACUAGUGGAGGACCCCAACAAUGCAUUUCGGUCCAAAUAUGAAUGUUGCUUCAUUUGGCUUCAUGUCUCUUUGCCAGUGUUGUUUCAAUACCUAGACAAAAGGGUUGAUGAAAUGGUGGAUGCUGGGCUUGUUGAUGAGAUUAGAGAAGCAUUUGUUCCUGGAGCAAAUUACUCUUGUGGAAUCAGAAGAGCCAUUGGAGUUCCUGAGUUUGAUGAAUAUAUCCUUAUUGAGAAAGAAACGAAUGAUAAAGAUUAUAAAGGAAAAAUGCUACAAGAGGCUAUUAAAAGAACCAAGGAAAAUACAUUCAAGUUGGCUGAAAUUCAACUCAUGAAGAUUCGUAGGCUAAAUGAUGAGCUUCAAUGGGGAAUGAAUAUAAUUGAUUCAACAGAAGUAUUUAUGGCUAUAUUAAGGGGAGAAAAUUAUGAGCAUUUGUAUGAAGAAAUUGUUGUUAAAUCUAGCAUGGAUAUAGUGCUAAGGUUUCUUAGGGAGACAAUAAGCCCUCGUUAG